GAUAUCCCGUCUGCAAGACUGCAGCCACUGGGCAGCGAAAACUCAAGCACGCGGCGAUGCUGCGCCUUCGCGCUUGCGGCGGCACGGCGCCGGCGUCGGUGCCCGCGCUCGUCAGGGCCCGCCUCGCCAGGCGAGCCUCCUCCGCAGCCUCCGCCGCUGCCACCGUCGCCUCCGCUUCCUCCUCUUCGUCCGCCCUGGAAGAGCUCGCCGCCGAGCGCAGAGGUUUGGCAAAGGUCAUUUUAAAGAAGGGGAAGACCCAAAUAUUCCGAGAUGGAAGCCCAAUGGUGUACAGCGGUGCUGUUGAUAGGAUAAUUGGUCGACCUCCUCCGAAAUCUGGCGAUGUUGUUCUGGUAGCUGAUGGGACAGAGAAACCUAUUGGAUGGGGCCUCUACAACUCUGUGUCUAUGUUUUGUGUUCGGUUGAUGCAGCUAGAAGAAGAUGCAAUAAGAGAUCCCACAUGUGCACUUAAUAUGGAAAGACUGCUUGAAGCAAGGAUUUCAUCUGCUGUUGAUUUGCGGCGCAGUUUGGGUCUCCCUUCAGCUGACACAAAUGCUUAUCGCCUCAUCAACAGUGAAGGGGACCGAUUGUCUGGUCUAAUAGUGGACAUCUUUGCUGAUGUUGCUGUCAUUGCUUCAUCUGCUGCUUGGGUUGAGAAAUAUAGGCAAGAAAUACAAUUUCUUGUUAGCAAAGUUAACGGCAUCAGCCAUAUAAAGUGGAGGCCAUCGGCAGAUAUUUUGAAAGAAGAAGGAUUGGAUAUAUCAGAGCAUAAGGAGCCUGCUUCACCAUGCUCAACUGUUAAGGUCAUGGAGAAUGGCAUUGUCUACUUAGUCUCAUUAGAGGGUCAGAAGACAGGGUUUUAUGCAGAUCAACGGGAAAACCGCUCUUUCAUAUCUUUACUUUCAAAGGACCAAAGGGUCCUUGACCUUUGCUGCUACAGUGGUGGCUUUGCUCUUAACGCAGCUAAGGGUGGUGCUGAUAAUGUCAUUGGCAUUGAUUCAUCAGGAUUGGCACUAGACCUUGCCAAUGAGAAUAUUGUUCUCAAUGAGCUAAACCAUGGAAAAAUCUCAUUUGUAAAAGGAGAUGCAACUACAUUCAUGAAAGGAGCUAUCUCAGAAAAUGAGCUGUGGGAUUUGGUAAUCCUUGACCCUCCAAAGUUGGCGCCGCGAAAGAAGGUGCUACAAAGUGCAUCCGGUAUGUAUAGAAGCUUGAACGCGCUUGCAAUGCAAGUGGUGAAGCCAGGGGGGUUACUCAUGACAUGCUCUUGUUCUGGAGCUAUGACCCAAAGUGGCAUGUUCCUGAAAACCAUUCAGGGUGCUGCAUCAAUGGCUGGCCGUAAGGUUACGGUCUUACGUCAAGCUGGGGCAGCCUGUGAUCACCCCAUCGACCCUGCAUACCCUGAGGGCCAGUAUCUCAGCAAUUACUUGCUGCGCGUGGCAUGAAAAAUAAAAGAGUUAAAAGCAGAGUCAAGUUAGUAGCUGUAGCAGGCUGACAAGCCUACGAGGACCGAUCAUUUCUGAAGAGCUCAAGUUCAUCUCAUAGCUUAGUCAUGCAGGUUAGGUUUAGUUGUUUUAUGAAGAAAAAACAAAGCAUGGAACUGACAUUCACUUCUGACUUCUGAUUAUACAGUUUUGUAGAAAAUAAAGCUAUUUGUUUCAAUGUAAUGUACAAUCUGUGCACGAGUGGAUCCAAAGUUGUCACUUGUACACGCAUGCCUACUUUGUAUAUAUUCUACACCAACGAUCACGAAUAAAAUUUCUAUUUGGUACAAGAUA